AGUUCCAUUGAGUCCAAUGAAACUUAAUGGGUAUAGAACCACAACCUUAGUAAAGAAGGCAUGUUUUCUUAUGUUCCCAGCUAUAUUCCUCUAACACUCAGGAAGAGCUGGAUUUAUUCUGUAGGAAACCCCCGCAGAACCAGCUUCAUGUUUGCAACAAGCAAACUGCAAUAAGCCAGGAAGGUGGAAGUUAGUACAUACUUUUACCUGCUGGAAAGCUCCAGGGGCUUUAAAAAGAGGCUUCUCACGUGCCUCCACACUCAAACACACAUAUACAUAGGCAGAAUCAAAAGCAAGGUGAAUGUUUAUGCAUUCACCCGAGGUACAAGGGUGAUUUAUGGGGAGCUUGAGCUGAUUCACAACCUCCACUGCACACACACACACACACACAGAGCAAUAUCAGCUCUGAAAGACACUGCACAGGAGGUAUACAAAGACAUAUGCAAAGAAGAGGAGAUGCUACAGCAUCUGCUGAGUGUGUCUCAACAUAAAAGCAGUCCCAUGGCAUGUCAACAAAGCAGUCCAUGCAUAAAUGUACACAAAACACAUGAGCUGAGAUACACAUGCAGAGCUUUAAAAAAGAUAUUUAAUAUCCCAUGUUUACUUACAUCAGAGUGUGCAUGAGUGUAUGAAUUAUUAUACUGAGUGCACUAGAAGUGUUCCUUAGUUGUGUUCCAUGUGGAUGCAAGGCUUAGGCAUGCAUGAAGAGAGGCCCUGUGUGUUACCAAGAAGCUUGUGUGGAGCUGAUCUGCACACAUACGUGCAACAAAACCAGAUUUCAGUAAGAGCUUAGUGAGCUAUCUAUGCUACCUUUGAGGAAAUUACUACAUGUGUAUGAAGCCUGAGGCCUUCUUGUACACCAUCCUACAUCAAAGGGAUAUCCCCCCCCCCCGCCAGGAAACCAGCCCUAGUCUUGCUCUCCUUCCAUCCCUGAGAGGCCUUAGGGGCGGCUGUGCGCCUCCUUUCCCACCCACCAGCCUGGAGCGUGAGUAGAGGGGUAGUAUUUUAAGAGGCGCCAUACCAUCGACUCAGCACCAGGUGACGCUGUAGUCUCAUUGUCUCGGUGUUUGGAGUGUGGGGCCUUGUCUUCCCCCGUUAUGCCAACAUUUCACAUACGUUUCACGGGCUUCCAUCAAUAACCUCCUGGGGUCAUCAAGCCAAAUUUAUGACUGGCCAACACUGUCACGUGAUUCUAUUUAAACAUCCCAUAUUUGGGCAGCGCACAUAGAAUAAAGAAAAGAAGAAUCCCCACCUAUAAAUUCUGCACUUUGGAGAACAAAAAACCCUGAACUUCAAAAGGGCCACAAAUCAAGCCUAAUCAAAGGGGUGUGAGAGAGGGAGAGGGAAAGAGAGAGAGAGAAAGAGAAACUGUGGGGUGGGGUGGGGGGGAAGUAUAAUUCCUGACAUGAGUUCCUACGUAGCCAACUCCUUCUAUAAGCAAAAUCAAAAUGUUCCUGCGUAUUCCAUGCAAAGUUAUGGGAAUUAUGGAUCUGUGUCUGAGAUUCAGCCAUCCAGGUAUUGCUACAGUGGGCUGGAUCUGAGCAUUACAUUCCCUCCAUCUGGGGCUUCCAACUCUCUCAACGGUGUGGACAUGUCUUCAACCCCCAGACCUAACCCCGAGCGACCUUCUUGUACAGUCAUGGGAUCUUCAGGGCACACUUUAGGCAGAGACGACCAGGCUUCUCUGAAUCCAGGAAUUUACAGUCAGAAAGCUGGUGGGAACAGCAGCAGCAGCAGCAACAGCCACCCCAACAACCCCAACACGCCGUUGGAAGAUAGAUCUAAGAGCAGUGGGGAAAUCAAGAGUGAGCCGGUGCAAACAGCCCAGCAAAGCGGGCAGUCCCUGCAGCAGCCACAGCACCACCAACACCAACAACACCACCAACACCAUCACCACCAGCAGCAGCAGCAACAGCAGCAACAGCAGCCACCGCAAAUAUAUCCGUGGAUGACCAAACUACACAUGAGCCACGAAGCAGAUGGCAAACGCUCCAGAACCAGCUACACUCGUUACCAAACUCUGGAACUAGAGAAAGAGUUCCAUUUUAACAGAUAUCUCACCCGCCGGCGGCGCAUAGAGAUCGCCAACAACCUCUGUCUGAAUGAGAGGCAGAUCAAAAUAUGGUUUCAAAACCGGAGGAUGAAAUGGAAGAAAGAUUCCAAAUUGAAAAGCAAAGAGUCCCUCUAGGUAGAACCGCCUGAAUUUAGGCUGAGAAGAGGGGAGCAGGAGUGGGUGUGGGGGAGUCCUUUUACUUUGAAGCAGAGUGUUUGGGGUAGCCUACCUUGAGAAAACUUUGUCUUUGGGAAGUGGGGAGAGGGAAGGCGCGGGAGGGGCGGGUUGCAAAAUGGACUGAACCUCUUCUUCUUGCAAAUCUGUCAGACAAAGGCGUUCUCCGAUUAGUAUGCAAACAGACCCUGGUCUUUAGCUCCUAGCAGAAUUCAACAUAAAGUUGUCGAAGGGAUCACGGGGUUGUUGUGUGUUUUCCGGGCUGUAUAGCCAUGUUCCAGAAGUCCAGAAGAAUACUUCUGGAACAUGGCCAUACAGCCCGGAAAACACACUGCAACCCAAUAUAAAGUUCUCUGGAGUUUUCUUCAACUCCCCUCCCCCCACUUUCUCUAAAUUGGGAGGAAAUAUCAGAACCAGUCUUUUAAUUAGCUAAGGCAUUAAGCCCUUAAAUAUGAGAAUGAUCGUGAGACUCAAAAGCUUAUGGGAAAAAAACCCCCGAAGCCCUCAGUUAAGGAAGGAAUCUGCUCAGUUGUGACUUUUUCCAAGUGUUAAGGCCCCAAUCCUAUAUGCAGGACCUGGAAGGAACAUCCAGUGCAAAUAAGUGCUUACUAUAGUGAGCACUUAUUUGCAAGCCCUUUCAAGGAGCUGGGCGCCUUAGUAUCAGUAAAAUGCAGCUAACUCCUUGGGAUUCACUUUCUUAGCUAAGAGACCAUGUUUACUUUUUGAUGGGGACUGCAAGUUUUCACAUCUUGCAGGCUCGUAGAUGCACUAAACCUGAAACAUUGGGGAGAAAUGCUCGCUCUGAAAUGUGUUAUCCUGGGAUAGGGAGGGGGGUGUUUCAUUUUCUUAUUCAACUCCUCCUUCCCAUUGACUUAUUUUUGUAUUAUUUGCAUAUGAAAGAAAAGUGAAUGGACUAUGCUUUAGCUCUCUCCGGGAGAUAAGUUGUGCUAAAUAUUAAAACACUGUUGGGAAGUGGGUGGGCGAUGAGGUAAAGGGGGAAAAAAACCAGUGCUAAUUCUCUUGACUUAAAAAUAUUUCUGUGUAUUUAUUUGUUGCGUAACUAAUGUAGCUUCGAGGGGAGGGAAAUGGCCGAACUCUUAUACAGAUUGUACACUUAUGGUUUACAUGUAGUCCAUUCGAAGUCACGCUCCCACUUCCUUCUCCCCGUAUGUUGUAUUGCAUAUAUUUAUUGGUUGUAAUAUCAUAUGUGAAAGACCAUGGAACAUAUCUAUUUUGUCAUAUUGAAUAAAGGCUAAAGAUACUUCACCA